CCGGUAUCCACGAAAGUGUCUUAGGCCGAUGCCGUCGUCCAUAGCAAAAUAAAAUGGCGGCUAUCGUGCCUAACUUGCCUGACGUCGUACAUAAAAUUUUUCGACGGCCCUAACAUCGUGCUUAGCGGUAAAACAGGCUGGACCCUGUCUCACCAGCCCUUAAGGACGAUGGAUUUGAACGUAAACAAUCAAGAUGGCAGCGCCACAAGAGCAACAACCACAUCAGCCAGGGAAUAAUUACCUUAGAAAGGACGUUCUAAAUGAACUUAAUGAUGCUGAGCUCAUCAAGAGGUACAGGUUAGACCGGGAAGGUAUAUUAUUUGUUACCAACCUUGUAAGGGCAGCGCUGAAGAGUGAUACCAACAGGUCUAACCCGCUCACCCCGGAGUUGAAGGUUCUCAUAACCUUAAGAUAUCUUGCUACUGGCAAAAUGCAACAAUGUAGCAGUGAUGACCUUGGCCCCUCACAGUCCAGCAUCAGCAGAGCCAUCAGUAAAACUAUAGACGCCCUUGCAGAUGUUAAUGUCCUCAAGAGGUUCAUAACUUUUCCUGUCACCCAAGACAGCGCUGACCGAAAGAAAGCAGAAUUCUUUGCUAUAGCCAAUUUCCCUAACAUCGUAGGUGCCAUUGAUGGCACACACAUCCGAAUUGUGGCACCGAGGGAUCAAGAAGAAGUGUAUGUGAACCGGAAGGGGUAUCACAGCAUGAAUGUCCAAGUUGUAUUUGAUGCCAAUUAUCGAAUAUUGGACAUUCUUGCCAAGUGGCCAGGGUCAGUGCAUGAUGCACGUAUCUUGAACAGCAGUGGAUUGUCAAGAUUGUUUGACGGAGGAUAUGUGCCAGCAGGAAGUCACUUGCUUGGAGACAGUGGGUACCCCAGCAAGACAUGGCUCCUUACACCUUAUCUGCGUCCACUGCCUGGACCUCAGUCACGAUAUAAUAGGUCUCACAAAAUUACACGCAGUAUUGUUGAACGUGGAAUUGGACAACUCAAACGCCGAUUUCAUGUUUUGCAUGGUGAGGUACGAUUGAGGCCCCCCCUCAAGGUGUGCAAAAUCAUUCAUGUGUGUGGAAUGCUGCACAAUAUUUGCAAGGAUAGGAAUCUUCCUCUUCCUCUGGAUGACGAGCAACCAAUGGGUGCAGAGGCACAAGUCCCAGUGCCAUUAAAUGAUGCUGCAGAAGAACCUGCCAAUGCGCCCGGUGGUCACCGUAAUGAGGGUCGUGCCUAUCAGGAUGCAUUCUGCACCUUGCAUUUCAGCAAUGAGGACUGAUGGAACGUCCUCCAACAGGGCCUCGUGUACCUACCUUGCCUGUUCCUUGGCCCGCAUAGCUGCCUCCUUGGCCCUCGCAGCGGACUCCUUGGCCCUCGCAGCGGACUCCUUGGCCCUCGCAGCGGACUCCUGUGCUCGGGCAGCUGCCUCUUGGGCCCGUGCAGCGGAUGCCACUGCCU